AUGAUUAAAGUGUACACAGAGCAUGGUCAAACGAACUUGCUUACAUAUUUUAUGUCCCCAACUGGUCCAAGAAGCGUUAUAAUAGAAGACAUGGAGAAGCAGGAUUCCAUUAGACCCUCAUCACCUGUAGUUGCUCAUGAAGUGGUAACUCCAAUCCAAAUUGAUGUUGGUGAGGGUGAUUUAAGGUUAGCAUUAACCUUAUACAAAUCAGCAACACCUGAAUUUAGUAGGUCUAAAGGUUGGAAACAUAGUAAAGGGGCAUCGUCUUGUAGUAGAAUGCUUAAAUUGGAUUGGGAAGGUGCUGAAAAAACAACGGCAAGUGGUGAAGUUGAUAAGGGUAAGGGUGUAGAAGGAUUUGUAGAUGAAUUUGUUGUAGUUGAUGCAGAAAAAGAGUUAAACAAAGAGAUUGAUGUGAAUGAAGAACUUGAUGUGAACAAAUCCAAUGGUGAGGGUGUAGAAGGAUUUGCAGAUGAGGGGUAUAGAGUUGUCAUGGAUAAUGAUCCUCAAGGAGUCAAUGAAUUUUCAACUAACAUCAACAUAGAUGAUGAGUUAAUGACAAACUUUCAACCUUUUGAAGGGUUUGAAGACCAAGAUAGCAUCCCAUUUAAUGGGUUUGAAGGCCAAGAUAAUAUUCCUUUCAAUGAUGAGUGGAGACAAGAGGAGCCUGAUGACAUUGAGUUUGAGAAUCAAAACAGUGAAGAUGAAGAUAGUGACUUUAUGAUUGAUGAGGACAACAUAAUUGAAGAUGUUGACGUUGACAUGGAGGAUUUCAAUCUAAAUAUUGAUACAGAAGCAGAGUUCAAUGGAUGUCAAAGAAUGGGUGGUCAAAGAAAUGAAGAUAGUGAUGAAGAAGAUGAUUUGGAGGUAAUUGACAAUGACGAGUGGGAUUCACUAAGUGAUGACUCAGGGGACAACAGGAAAAGAAGAGAAAUGAUCAAAGAGCUGGGGAAACAAACCUUAUGUUCUGCUGGUGAGGUGCACAAGGUAGCUUUUCAUAUUGGGCAGAAAUAUAAAGCCAAGAAAGAAUUGAAAGAUAAAAUUGACCUGCAUGCUUUAGAGACAAGGAGGAAUAUCUCAUUCACAAAAAACGACAAGAGUAGAUUAACAGCUGUUUGUGAUGGAACUGUAGUUUUAAAUGCAAGUGGGGUAGGUGGACCUACUCUGGGAAAAAGGUCAAGUGAACAGGACUAUUGGUUUAUUAAGACCUAUAAUCAGAAACACAUCUGCCUCCAAACACGAAAAAUCAGAUCUUGCACAGCAACAUUUCUUUCCAAACGUAUUAUGGAUCAGAUUGAAGCUAAUCCUGGACUGCCUGUUCGUGCCCUACAAGAGCAACUCCAAUCAACUUAUGGAGUUAGUAUUUCAGAAGAGAAAGCAUUUAGGGCAAAAGCAUUAGCCACCAAAAAUGUUGCAGGGGAUUACGUAAAGCAAUAUGCAGCUUUGAGAGACUAUGUACUAGAGCUACAAAAGACAAAUGAAGGUACAACUGUAAAGAUUGAUGUGGUUUCAGAACCUGUGGUUUCAUCCCCAACCAGGCAAUUCAGAAGGAUAUACGUGUGUUUAGGUCCUUUGAAGAAAGGUUUUAAGGCAGGUUUGAGAGAAUUUUUAGGCUUAGAUGGAGCCUUCAUGAAGGGACCUUUCCCAGGUCAAAUACUAAGUGCAGUUGGUGUUGAUUCCAACAAUGGAACCUACCCAUUGGCAUAUGUUGUUGCUGAAAGUGAAACACUUCAAGUUGGAAAUGGUUUCUUCAGUGUCUUGCAGAAGAUCUUGACUUGUAUUCAAAUUCCAACUUCACCUUUAUCAGUGAUAGACAGAAGGGUCUUCUACCAGCCAUAG